CGCGCCGGGACGACGCGGCCGGCUCCGGAGCCCUUUGUGAGGGCUGUGGGAGUGCCGGACGGCGGCACCAUGAGCGGUGCGGGCGGAGCGGCGGUGGCGUCCGUGAGCUCGGCGCCGCCCGCGCAGGAGGAGGGCAUGACAUGGUGGUACCGCUGGCUGUGUCGCCUGUCGGGGGUGUUAGGGGCCGUCUCUUGCGCCAUCUCCGGCCUCUUCAACUGCAUCACCGUCCACCCUCUGAACAUUGCGGCCGGCGUGUGGAUGAUCAUGAACGCGUUCGUCCUACUGCUUUGUGAGGCGCCCUUCUGCUGCCACUUCAUUGAGUUUGCGAACACGGUGGCGGCGAAGGUGGACCGGCUGCGCUCCUGGCAGAAGGCCGUCUUCUACUGCGGGAUGGCCGUCGUUCCCAUCGUCAUCAGCCUGACCCUGACCACACUGCUGGGCAACGCCAUCGCCUUCGCCACCGGAGUGCUGUACGGACUGUCUGCUCUGGGCAAGAAGGGCGACGCGAUCUCCUACGCCAGGAUCCAGCAGCAGAAGCAGCAGGCAGACGAGGAGAAGCUCACGGACGCCCUGGAGGGGCAGCUGUGAUGCGGUCGGGGGGCCCUCCCACCCCCCGUCGGUCCUCUGGUCUGUGUGAGCACGUCCCCGAGGCGCACUGACCCUGAGGGGCAGCCUGGAAGAGGGGCCUGUGUCCACCUCCCUCAGUCCCUCUCACUUGUCCCCGCACCGGGAGUCCUCCUCUGUCUGCCCCUGCCCCAGAUUGGCAUCACCCCAAGCUAGGCGCCGAGGGGCCGGGGUGAGGGCUCUGAGGGCCUUGGCCGGCAUCAAGGGGAUGGGCGGUGGCGGCAGGCAGCGGGGGGCUCGGGGUGAUCCCGGCCUCGGGGCAGAGCUCUGCAGACAGCCCGCCUGACCCCACUCUUCCCAGCUCGCCUGGCCUGGCCGGCAAGAGGCCCCUGGGUGGGUUUCCAGACUUACACAGCUGGCAGGACCCCCGAGACCCGCUGAAGGCCCGCGCGGAGCUGCUUCUGGAGACUUUGGUCCCGUCUCGAGGUGGGAGGUACAUCAGCCCGGGCCCGGGCAUCGGCCCCAGCGGCCUCCUCUCAGCCCUGCAGGCAGGAGAGCAUCCCGUAGGCUGAGCCUCCUGGGCUGCCUCUGUCCUCCUGUCAUCAGGGCAGAGCGGUGUCCCGCUGCCCAUACCCCCUGCCACUCUGCUCUCCAUGGCAGCCCCCAGUGCUCCCGACACGCUCCUCCAGCGCCCGCGACGGCAGCCCAGGUCGUGACCCAACCGCUGGUAGGGGCAUGCUCCCUCCCCCGGUUCCCUGGAACUUGGGCUAGCAUGGAACCAGGACACUUCCCAUGGGCCUGGCCAGCCCCUAGGUCCUCCCCAGCCCCCGGGCUCCGGUGCUAAGGACGUGCGGAGGGCAGGCUCUCCCCUGCCCCGCGGGGCUGCCCGUCCCCCUCUCUGGUGUGGACCUGCCGACCCCACCCCCCCGCCCUGUCCUCGGGGAGCUACCUGCCUUUUGAGAGCUGGGCAGAGGCUAGAGCCGCCCCUGCUCCCACCGUGAGCUCUCCCCACUGCGCUGCGUGCCAGGCCACCAGGGAGCGGGGCCUGGGCGGAGGGGCCGUGGAAGCGGCCCUGCCUGGACGUGCGCGUCGUCUCCCCAGCCUCCCUCCGUGCGCCGUCCCUUCCUUCCGCCCUGCCCACCGGCCGCUCUGCUUGCUGGACUGGUGUCAGCCGUUGGGCGUGUGUGACAGGCCUGGCCCGCCCGGGGGGUCCGGGGCAGCCGUGGGCCGGUCUGGGGCUCAGCUCCUUCUCCUCCCAGGACCCCAGGCGGGGCCUGCUCCGAGCGCCCAGAGCUCAGGGGCCCGUGCCUGCUCCGUGGAACCAGCCCCAGGGCUGCGCCCGGUCUUUGCUUCCCAGAGGGACUUUUCAUCUCUGGGGUUUGUUAGUGUUUGAGGCUGGGAGGGCAGGCACUGUCCCGGGCACAGCAGCGUCCCCCAGCAGCUCUCCAGGGAGCCCGACACGUGCCUUCAGGGGUCCUCCGGGACCAAUUUCCUCAGGCCAGCGCUGGGUUCAAUGGGCUGUAGGUCUCUCCAGGCCAGCAGGGUGUGUGUGUGUGUGUGUGUGUGUGUGUGUGUGUGUGUGUGUGUGUGUGUGUGUGUGUGUGUGUGGUGGGUGUGUGUGUGGGGUGUGUGUGUGGGGUGUGUGUGUGUGGGGUGUGUGUGUGUGGUGUGGUGUGUGUGUGUGUGUGUGUCUCCUGCGUGUGCCGUGAAUGAGACCUGUCUACCUCCCAGGAGGAGCAAGGGCCCUGCCUGCCCCUCUUGGCUCAUUCUUACCCAGGAAGUGGGACUCUGGGGUCACUCCUACCCCUGCCUCCGGGGCCUUGCUGAUGGGGGUCUUCUUGCUGCAGGAGGAGAAGGGCUGGCUGUGUGUUGAGGAAGCUUGCGCUUCUGCCCUAUGAGGAAGUUGGGUGGGCCCUCCAACCCCUCGGUCACAGGCCAGAGUGGGCAGGUCAUUUGCAGAGGUUCCGAAUGAGUGUAGCCGAGCAGCCCUGGAGCUGCGAUCCUGUCUCCCAGUCGGGGGGCGGGGGGCGGGUCCCACCUUGCCGGUGGUGGAAGGGCGGGGCCGCCAGGGCCCUCUCCCACCUCUGUGGCCCUGGGCUCUGUCCUCUCGUGGUCCUUGUUUACUCUCAGUGUUUGGCUUGCAUUUUGAGCAAUAAAGCCUGGUAGUGGUUUGU